AUGGACGAUAGGACAGCCGUAUUGUCAGGGCGACCUGUGAUUAUCAAAGCGCUGGAGAUCAGCUCACCAUCACUCCAGACGCCCAUUAAGUUCGACACGACAUCGACGGCCGUUGGGAAUGUCAUUAACAAAGGCCAAACCAUCAAGGAAGGGGCCGAGUACACGCUGAGUAUCACGUUCGAGGUGGACCAGCAAGUCAAUGGCUUGACUUUUCGGCAAACCGUCAAGCACGCCGGAUUGACCGUGUCGGACAUUGAAAAGACUGUCGGCGACUAUCCACCACUCCCCAACGGCGCCGUGUAUACCGUGGCUGUCUACUCCGAGACUGCACCAUCUGGGAUAUUGGCUCGAUCUGGACAUUAUACAGCCCUGUGCAAGGUCACCGGCGAGAACUGUGGUGUGGUGGGAGACUUCCAGUGGACAUAUAAGAUUGGCAAAGACUGGAGUGAGUAG